UGACGUUGCUGUUUUUCCCUGUUAAAUGUUCGUCCUGAUUCCCACCAUCAUUAUCCACUCUCCUGCUAGAAGGAAUCCUGGCUGCAGUGGUCUAGGCAGCAACCUAGGUUUUGUUUUGUUUCCUUUCCCUUUGGCUGCUUGAUUAGUUGGCUUCUAUGAAGGAAUCUGAUGCAAAGAGCAAGUUUUGUUUUUCUUUUGUUUCUUUGCCUGAGGAGCAAGUGCCAAGUCCUGAUGAGUGAGCAAAUCACCAAGUCAUGAAAACAGCAAAACUUCAGAAGUUCCCUCAGACUUUCAAUUGUCUGUUUCAGAUCCGGUAUAGAACAUGUUCUUCCUGCUACUUUUGAGCCUGGGAAUACAGCUUCUUCAGACAACAGCUUUAUUCAGAGUGACGGUCCCUAAAGAACUGUACACAGUAGAACACGGCAGCAAUGUGACCCUGGAGUGUGAUUUUUACUCUGGAUAUUAUCUGGAAGCUGAAAAUGUAGAAGCCAAUUUGCAGAAGGUGGAACACAACACAUCGUCACAUGUUGCCACUCUGCUGAAGGAGCAGCUGACCCAGGGGAAGGCCUUAUUCCACUUCCCCCGAGUCCGAGUGAGCGAUGCAGGGAAGUACCGCUGCGUGGUCAUCUAUUCGAGCGCCUGGGACUACAAGUACCUGACUCUAAAAGUCAAAGCUCCCUACAAGAAAAUAAACACUCGCGUCCUUCAGGUUCCAGGGACAGAUGAAGUAGAGCUCACCUGCCAGGCUGAAGGUUACCCCCUGGCAGAAGUAUCCUGGCCACACACCAAUGUUUCUGCCAACACAAGCCACAUGGAGACCUCUGACGGCCUCUUCCAGGUCACUAGUGUUCUGCGCCUAAAACCACUCCCUGGCAGAAACUUCAGCUGUGAGUUCUGGAAUGCUAAUGAGAAGGAACUUACUUCAGCCAUCUUCGACCUUCAAGGUGAGAUGGAACCCAAGGUCCCGCCAACAUUGCUGCUGCAUAUUAUCAUCCCUUUCUUCAUCAUUGCUUUACUAGUCAUGGUUGUGAUGAUAAGCCUCAGAAAACAAUUCUGCCAAAAGCUUUACUCAAGGAAAGAUUUGAACGUGUGGUCUCUGGAGCUGAGGUGACUUGACAGGACAUCUUCAAGAAGCUUCUGGACUCUGAAAGAGAAUCCCUGGGCCCAGAGUGUGUGUGUACUUUGCAAAUUCCCUUGUAUGACCCAGCACUUUAACCUGGAGACGGCAGCGAGACUAGGCAGCCCCUGGUCACGGUGUGCUGGAGGCGGGCGGGCAGCCCACCCCUCCACUAUCUACCGGCUCCCAGGUCUGCAGCCUGUGAUGGAGAAAGCACUGCUGCACUUUAGGAAAUCACCAUAUUGGUUCCUGGACCCCAGCGACUGUCCUGAGGCUCCUUGCCUCAGGACUGAAAACAAAGGGAAUUAUUUCCUUUUAAGUUUCCAAAGUAAUUUCCAGAGCAGAGAUAAGUGGGAAUUUUUGGUUACAGAAAUGGACAGGUUGCCAACAGAAGUUAUUUUCGCCUUUAAGAAAAGCCUAUUGAAACUAUCAGCUCACUUUGUUCUACAAAGUCAAGCCAUAGCCGACAUGGAAUAUGACUUACUGAAAUCUUGAAAUCGUUUGAGUUGUUCUAAUUAACAGGAAGCAUUUAAGUACACAGAGUGGCCAACCACAAAUUGUGGAGAAAAGCAAGCAAGUAUUUUUGUGUCAUCUAAAUCACAAAGCAUUUAUUUUCCCGGUAAUGACACCAUGUUGAACGAUAGUUUUGUCGUCGUUGUUUUAACUACAUCUUUCCUUCCAAAAAUUCUGUUGGAUUUUUUUUUAACCUUGGAAACCAAUGAUAUACAUUUAAAAGUUUGGGCAUGCUAAUACGCUGUGCCUGCAAAGAUUUCAGAUGAGUAGCCACAGUGGUCAAAGCCCCAGACUAAGGCACUUUUGCUGGCCCUCUAUAUGGCUUUGAUGUACCUUUCAGUGGCUCAGUUUCUACAUCUGAGAUAUGGUGAUACCCACUAGUCAGGGCCUUUGAUUGUUGGCACUAAGAAAUCCUGGUGGAUCCUAUUAUGUGUAUGUUAAGGGCUAGGCUAACUGAGCACACCAACAACAGUUUCACUGGGUUAAAUUUGGGGCCAUGAAACGCAGGGCAUUAGUUGACCCAUGAACUAUUCAAAUGUGUAUAUUAGCAAGUAUAUGUACACAUUAUCAACAGUCUUAGGUCAGUGGGCCUAGAGCAGGCUCUUGAACUGGUGCUUAGACUGAAGAGAAUUUGGAGUUAAUGAGAAUGAAGGGGUAUGAAAGUGAGUAACAGACAAACCAUAUAACACCUCAAUUCAUCCAUUCCCUGUUUUUACAAAUCAAACAAUGUCCUUGAAGAUGAAAAACAACAACAAACAAUCAAAAGAGGGAUUGUUUGUUCUAUAUAUUAUAAUUUUGGCUAAGUGACCAUCCAGGGCCCAUCCAGGUCAGUAAGUUUCAUAUUCCAUCCGGCCAGUUGGCUCCCAUAGGUUUGAAAGCCUUUCACUUGGAUGCCCUCUUCAGAAGGGUGGGUCCCAGGGCUGUUUCCCAGCUCCCCUGUGUUGAUCUGCGUUCCCUCCUUGAGGAGUAGCACAUCCUAAUGCUGUGGAGAUCAGGGCGGGCAGUCAAGGCCGCCUCCCCGGGAAGCAAGCCCAUCAAUUCUGAACCCUCACCUGCCUUCAGAUAUGUGGUUAGCAUGCUAAAUCCUUGGCUGGUGGUGUUUAACCUAGGAACCCAGUGGCAUAAUGGUCAAAAUACCACCAUCUUUGGUCCUAGAUUGGGGCUAUUCUCUAGAAUAUCAAAUAGUGAGAGGGAUCCCCAGCUCCAGUAUCCCAAAAUUCAGGCUUCUUCAGGGAAGAAGAGCAUAAGGCAGUGGGUCAUAAUAUGAGAAAUGUUCUAUACUACAGCAUACUAUCAAACUGCCUGACAUUUAUCAAGUACUUACUAUAUACCCGAUAUUAUUUAGCAUUUUAUAUGUAUUGAAAUGAAUUCUCUCAAAACCCUCUGAAAAAAACACUACUUAUGUCUCCAUUUUAAAGAUAAGGAAACUAAGGCACAGAGAGGUUAAGGAAUGUGAUUAAGGCUGCCUGUUUAGUUUGGAAGGGAUAGAGCGAGGGGAAUAAAAUCAUAUUUGUUAUACUCCAUAAUGUGCCCUGAUUUUCUACCAUGUGGAACUCUACUGAUUACACUUGCCCUGUGGUCUCUUUUACUGGUCAAGAAUAAAUCUCACUCUUACUAUCCAGAGGGGAGGAUGGGUGGACUGCGGGCCCUGUCAUCAGAGAUUCCAACCCCAGCUCGACUAUGUGUGAGUUAUACAACUUGGAUAUAUCAGUUGAUCUCUCUAAGCAUCAUAUUCCUUAUUUUUUAAAAAAAAUGAAUAGUAUAAGAAAGGUGUCACAGGCAGUAAAUACCUGAUAA